GCAACCAAUGUACACACUUUCUGGAGCCAGAUUGAAUUUGUUUUGAAAGUCCGACGCGCACCUGCCAGUAAUACUCGAAAGAGGGGUUCGGCAGUAUUCAAAGAUAGAUCAAAGAUAGAUGAUAACACCUGAUAAAAAUAAAAUAAAACAUGGGACAAGCACUGGCCCGUGCGGCCCAAUGGACCUCUGCAAAGGGGGGCUCCGGUGGUAAACUGGAGUUUACAAAACUUAAUGAAGAUCUUCUCAACUCUGUAAUGACCUGGUUGGAGGGAUUUGGGGCAAAGUAUCCUGAGGAACUGAAGCUUGUGUUCAAGUCAGCCCUCACAUGGAAGACCAGUUUGAGACCUGAUAAGCUUCAGGGAGGCUUCCAGGAAAAAGGAGAAGAUGUGGUUUCCUCCCAGACCAGUGAAAAAGAUGGCACCCCAAUGCUGACACUGCACAAAACUGGAAGUAACGAAUACUCUGUGUCCGUCAUGUCACUUGAGUUUUGUGAGAAUGUGCUGAGAAUGGCCGGAGAUCAGAAACUCAUGGAGGUCCGCAGCUGUCUUGAAGCCAACCGUGACCCCGGGGCAAAGAUGCUGGGUGACAGAUUUGCAACAGUUGAGGGAGACGAUAAUUCCAUUUACAGAUUCAUUGAAGAGAUCACAAAGGAGAUGGAACAGCUGGCUAAAACAGAAGGUGCUGACCACAAGGAUAUUGAAGAAAAGAAACUUCAGCUCAAACUACAGCUACAGAUUAACAGAUUGGACCAACAGUUACUGCAAGAGUCCAUCCAACAGAUUACAAGAGAUGUCCGACUCACACCAGCCAUGGUUGACGGAGAAGUGAACAUUCUCAAACAGCUCUCCGGCAGAGAUGAGGAAAAACAUGUCCUGGAAUCCAUUGACUUUUGGGGGGACAGAUAUGUAUUCAAGAAUGGAUGUCGAGCACAGCCAUGGCGCCAGCUCCACGGAGAUAUCUGCUACAUCGAGGCGAAACCACACGAUGGAGACUUGAUCUUUGUCACUGCCAACACCAGCGGAUACUUCUGCAAUAGUGGCCCUAACAAUGCUGGAGAGCUGAACUACACAAAGCAGGGAGAUUCGUACCGUGAGCUGGUUACACUGCUGAAGGAGAAGAGUCCAAAGUUUGCUGAGAUGAUUGAGAACCAGGAAUUUGCUCUCAAGGCCAAGGACAAAGAUGACGCAAUGGCAGUCCAGAAGAUCGAAAAAGUAGACAGAGACGAUGAUGAUUAUCGUGAAAAACACAUGGAAAAGUCAUACGGCAGGGAACAGACAAAAGAUUCCAGUAAAGAAAAGAGCAAGACACAAAAAAAGACGAAGAAGUUGGAACCGUCAACGAGAUGGAAGGCACUUGGAUUGGAGGAAUAUAAAGAAGAUGACAAGGAUAAAGACAAGAAGCUUGCCACAAAGAAGAAGCAGGCACCGUCACGACUCCGCACAAAAACACCCACAGAUGCCGAAGAUAGUUUCAGCGAGAGCUCUUCAGAGAGUGAAGAGGAGGAGGAAGCCGUGGAGCGACGUAGCGAGACCAACGCAGACCUGCCCUCAGAGUACUGGCAGAUACAGAAACUUGUUAAAUAUUUGAAGGGAGGUAACCAGACAGCUACAAUUAUUGCCCUUUGCUCCAUGAGGGAUUUUAACCUGGCACAGGAGACAUGUCAGCUGGCCAUUCGUGACGUUGGAGGUCUGGAGGUCCUUAUCAAUCUACUAGAUACAGAAGAAAUCAAGUGCAAGAUUGGGUCCCUUAAAAUCCUUAAGGAGAUAUCCCGUAACAUCCAGAUCCGUCGUGCCAUCGCCGAUCUCGGGGGCUUGCAGACCAUGGUGAAGAUCCUGCGUGACAUGGACAAGGAUCUGAAAUGUCUCGCUGCUGAGACCAUCGCUAACGUGGCCAAGUUCAGACGUGCCAGACGUACUGUCAGGCAGCAUGGAGGUAUCAAGAAACUGGUUGGCCUCCUCGACUGCCCUCCACUGGGUCAAAUGACAACAGAGCUGAAGAAGGACGUACAAGUGGCUCGAUGUGGCGCCCAAGCCCUCUGGAGCUGUAGUAAGAGCAAGAAAAACAAAGAAGCCAUGAGGAAGGCCGGGGCCAUUCCGUUACUCGCUCGCUUGUUGAAGUCUACACAUGAGGAUAUGCUGAUUCCUGUGGUCGGGACAUUGCAGGAAUGUGCCUCUGAGCCAAGCUACAGGCUGGCCAUCAGGACAGAGGGCAUGAUCGAGGAUCUUGUGAAGAAUCUGAAGUCUGCUGACCCUGAGUUACAGAUGCAUUGUGCCUCGGCCAUCUUCAAGUGUGCAGAAGAGAAGGAGACCCGAGACUUGGUCCGACAGUACGGCGGCCUUGACCCCCUGGUGGCCCUCCUGCAGAUGAGCGAAAACAAGGAGCUGCUUGCUGCAGCCACAGGGGCAAUCUGGAAGUGCGCCAUCAGCACUGAGAACGUGAAGAGGUUCCAGGACCUGAAAGCUAUUGACCUUUUGGUGGGGCUGUUGAAUAAUCAGCCUGAGGAGGUCCUUGUGAAUGUAGUUGGUGCUUUAGGAGAGUUGGCAAAGGAGACACCGAACCGUCAACAGAUCCGUAAGGCCGGAGGAAUCUCCCCCCUCGUAAACCUCCUCACUGGAACCAACCAGGCGCUGCUGGUCAAUGUCACCAAGGCUGUGGGACAGUGUGCAGAAGAACAGGAAAACAUGAUUAUAAUAGACAGACUGGACGGAGUACGGCUGCUGUGGUCAUUGCUCAAGAACCAGAACCCCGACGUCCAGGCUAGUGCAGCAUGGGCCAUCUGUCCUUGUAUAGAAAAUGCUAAGGAUGCAGGAGAGAUGGUCCGAUCAUUUGUCGGAGGUCUGGAACUCAUCGUCAGCCUGUUAAAGUCUGACCACAAGGAGGUUCUUGCGAGUGUGUGCGCAGCUAUCGCCAACAUUGCGAAGGAUGAGGAGAAUCUCGCUGUCAUUACAGAUCAUGGUGUUGUCCCCAUGUUGGCAAGAUUAACUAAUACAUAUGGAAGAAUAUCAGAUAAGUACGGAAAAACAACACAAAAGACAGAUGAUAAACUACGGCGACAUCUAGCGGAGGCCAUAGCACGUUGCUGCAACUGGGGUAACAACCGGGUCGCGUUUGGUCGUGAAGGUGCAGUCGCCCCUCUGGUGCGGUACCUCAAGUCGAGCGAUGAGAAUGUCCACAGAUCCACUGCCAGGGCUUUGUUCCAGUUGUCAAAACACCCGGAAAAUUGUAUCACAAUGCACGAAGCUGGUGUGGUCCAGCCUCUUAUGAAAAUGGUCGGUUCGAAUGAUGAAGAAUUACAGGAAGCUGCAGCAGGAUGCAUAGGAAACAUUCGACGACUUGCUCUAGCCAAUGAGAAGGCGCGAUAUUCUUAGUCAACCAAUGGGAUGACACCAUCAAUUUGAAUACACCAAAGAGACAUUAUUAAACAUUUACAACUGACUUAUUCAAGUGUUUCGCUACAUACAUAAAAAGGAAUAAAUAGAAAAUAUUACGGUGUAUGUUUCAUGUUUAUAGCAAUUUAAUUUAAACAAAUGGUGUUGUAAAAUAAAGAUCUCAUUUUUGUGAACCAACAAGCAGUUGUGUAACCAAGUAUUCAAAGUGUCCAUCAAUUUCCAUCCAAAUAUUGCAAUAUGUUAAAUAUGCACAUUUUAUUUAAUAUCUUCGAAUUUAUGUAGGAGUGUGUUUCAGAAUUUUAGUUACCAGUAUUCAUUUUAGUAUAUAUUUCAUGAUUUUACAACUGUGAUAUUUUUUCCCGAUAGAGUUCUUUAUACAAGCAAUGUGAUUGUUCAAAUUAUACUAUACCUAAUUUUGUUGAAGAAUAAAACAAUG